GGAAGAAAAAGAGGAAGCUAGAAACGUGAAGGGGGAGAAGGCGACAGCAUAAGAAAUUGCAAUCCUCCAUUAUUGGCCCUCUCAAUCUCCGAACAAACUCCAUUCUUCUGCCUCUCAGUUGAAGGCUUUCAAGGCUUGAAGCUCCAAAAAUGGAACUGGUUCCAUACUCUGACCCACCUUCCCGUUCAAAUUCCUCAAACCCUCCAUGGCAGGACAUGUUCAGAUCUGCCUCAGUCCGCAAGCCCAGCCCCGACCCUCAGAAACCCAAAUCUCCGCUUACCUCCGAUUCCGAUCCCAUGUCCUCCUUCUCCGGCGAUCCCCAUGUCCGCCUCGCCCUCUACAUCGCCAUGGCCCACGCCGGCCUCGCCUUCGCCAUCCUCAUUCUCUACGCCGUCGGCCGCCUCCUCGAGUCCUACCUCCGCCCCCUCCAGUGGGCCGUCCUCUGCUCCAUCCCUCUCCGAGGCAUUCAGCAAACCCUUGAAGGGUUCUGGUCCGAACCCCUUCAAAUGGGCCUCACCGAGACCCUUCUCGCCAUCCCCGUCGCCUUUUUUCAGGUCUUCGUCGGAACCCUCGUUCAAAUUCGCGAAGUUUGCUACCGGGUCGUUCUCAGAAGGAAGAAAUUAGGGCAUAUCAGGCGGAAUCAGAGUGUGUUUUCUAAAUUGUUGCGAUGGCUCGUGUCUUUCUGGAUUUUUAUCCUUGCUUACGAGAACCUUGGUGUUAUUGGGUCUGUUUUGCUUCUUGGAUUUGGGUUCUUGUUUAGUUCUAAGUCUGUAGGUUCCACUGUUCAUUCGUUUCGUAGCUUGAGCUUUCGUCGUACGGCUGUUAGUACCUUUUUCACGAAGAGGGUUUUGGAAAGAUUGAAAACCAUUGUUGCAAUUGGAUUGAUUGUUGCAAUGAUUGUUGGGUUUUUGGCUGGAUUGGUGUUCUUCUCUUACAAGAUUGGGGUUGAGGGGAAAGAUGCUAUGAUUUCAUUGAAACUUCAUGUGGAGGAGAGCAAUUAUGCGGAGAGGAUUGGGGUUAAGAAGUGGAUGGAAGAGAAUGAUUUGCCUGGGAUGAUUGAUAGUUACACCACCAAGUUUUAUGAAGCAGUUUCAGAGCAGAUCGAUAGCUUGGCUAUGCAGUACAACAUGACAGAGUUUGUCACUGGGAUUAAGCACUUGGCUUUGUCAUCGUCCCGAGCCAACUCUUCGGGCCCUUCAACCUCGCUAAUGACUCCAUCGCCGUAUACGCAUAAGCUUAUGAGCUUGAGGAACCGGAUAAGUAACAAGGAAUGGGGUCAGAUUUAUACAGAGCUGGAUGAUAUUAUUAGGGAGUUGAUAAUCACUAGGGAGGAUUUAGUUGAGAAAGCAAAAGGAUUAGCCGUCCAAGGGAUGGAUAUUUCGCAACGAGUCUUUGCUAGUAGUGUAUCGGUUCUAGGAGGCAGUGCGAAGCUUAUGUUUUCGAUUGGAAGUUCUAUCAUUUCGGGAGCGGCUGAGAUUUUCAACUUUCUCUCUCAAUCAAUGGUGUUCUUUUGGGUUCUGUAUUAUCUCAUCACUUCGGAAUCUGGUGGUGUGACUGAACAAGUAAUGCAUAUGCUUCCAAUUAAAGAUUCAGCCCGAAUUCGAUGCGUUGAAGUUCUUGACAAUGCUAUAUCAGGUGUUCUUUUGGCUACAGCAGAGAUUGCAAUCUAUCAAGGAUGUCUUACAUGGCUUUUGCUUAGACUAUUUGAAAUACACUUCUUGUAUAUGUCCACUGUUCUUGCAUUGAUCAGUCCACUUUUCCCAAUUUUUCCUUCUUGGUUUGCAACAAUUCCAGCUGCCUUGCAGCUACUGCUGGAAGGUAGAUAUGUAGUAGCCAUCUGUUUGUCUAUUAUUCACCUCGCGCUUAUGGAUUAUGGCACCUCGGAAAUUAAAGACGACCUACCUGGCCACAGUGAAUACCUUAUGGGUCUUAGCAUCAUUGGUGGAAUGACAUUGUUUUCAUCUGCAUUGGAGGGUGCGAUUAUGGGACCGUUGAUUACGACUGUCGUGAUAGCUCUCAAGGAUUUGUAUGUGGAAUUUGUUCUUGGUGAACAGAAGGGGAAGGAGGAGAAGGAAAAGGAAAAGUGCAACUAGACAGCAGUUAUUUUUGUCUGUAAAUUGGUCUUCUGACCAAGCUUAUGGUUUCUGCAAACUCCCUCCAUUCUUUUGUGAUCCAUUCCCACAGCUGCAAGUACUGCCCAUUGAAUUGUAAGAAAUCUGUAAGUUAUGUUUAUUUAUUAUACUGGUUCUAUGGUGUCUCUUUCUGUCUCCAUUUUUUCACCUGUAAAAUCAAUUUGUUUAUGAGAGAAAUAUAUAAAAGUCAGAUUAUUAUUUGUUGUAUUACUUUCUCAGAGGCUUGUCAUUGUAUUCAUGGUCUCGAUCAGGUCAGGAUGUAGUCGUCGUCUUUCCUGCCUCUUUUUUUGUCAAUGAAACUGAAUAAAGCAUUCAAAUUCUGGAAAUGAGGCCAGAAAAAAACCUGUAAAGUUUGAAGGGAAGGUUUUUAGUCCAUUCGUUCUGGCAGUUUGUGUAAUUUGAAUAGUUGAAAGAUUAAAUGUAUAAUGAAGCUGAAAGAAUCAAUAUUUUGUAUGGAGAGAGGUUUUCAGUCAA